CGAACGAGGACGAAAGGAAAUGGCAUACCUAUAAAAAGAUGGGAUUUCCUUCCUCGGCGUGAAAUUUUUACAAUCUUCCUGCUGACCAGUUGCGACUGACUCGCAAACCAUGACUUCCAACAAGACCACUCGAGUGGAUAAGAGUUCCCGGGAAUUAGAUUCGGUGGAUGCGGAAAGUCUUGAUCUUGUCUGCUCCCGUCUCUAUCACAUCUAUCAUACCACGUUUCGACAUGACUACAAAGUAUCAGAUACCGAUAAAACCCCCCUCUACUACGUGGACAACUCCGUCCUGACGCCGAAGAAGCCAGACCUUACGUUCCAUGCAGGAGAGGACCCCAAGGCCCCAAUCACGGGCGUGUGCAAAUUCCUCCAUUUCUCACGACAUUGCAAACUGGGUUUGGGAGACCCGCAAAAAGUCCGAGACAUGGUGUGGGAGGAUUUAUUUUGCCAGAACUUUCGUCUGUCCAAGUACCACUGGCAGAUGGCCAUCCGUACAGCCGACGGAGGAUUUGAGCGACGAUCUUUCCUCUGGAAAAGAACACAUUCCGUUGGUGUGCAUGGGGAGUCACCGUCGAAGCUCAGCCCGUGGAAUUACAAGCUCAUGGAGGAACACACGGGACAGAUUGUGGCCGUCUUUACCAACAACGGCCUGAAAAGCUUUCAGAAGGCCGGCAAGCUCCAGGUUGGAGUGGAUUAUGGACCGGACUUUGACCUAUUGGUGCUUAUUACUCUACUAGCCAUUUAUGAGAAACAAAGGCGUCGAAGUAAUGGAAGUAAAGGAGGCGGCGGAGGAAGAGGGUGGAUAAUGGAGCAGGAAUCAAGCCUGGUUUGACUCGACCUAAUAUAGGGGGGGGGGGGGAAC